UCUCUUUACAGGAUGCUUCAGACGCCGUAGAGAUUCUGUAACCAGAAGACUCCUGACAUGGCUUUCUCGGGAUCAGCUAUCUUUGCCAAUGCAACAUUUGUUCGUCCCCCCACAUUUUACAUCAAUGGAUUUUAUAACAUCCCUCAUGCAAAGUACUACUAUGUGUUUCUUUGCUUUGUGUAUGCAGUGACUGUUUUAGGUAAUUCUUUUAUAAUGGGGACCAUAUACCUGGCACGUUCUCUCCACACAGCAAAGUACAUAGCUGUGUUCAACCUUGCUGUUUCUGAUCUGUGUGGAAGUUCUGCUCUUAUUCCAAAGCUUGUGGAGAUGUUUCUGUUUAAUAACCAAUACAUUUCUUAUGAAGCCUGUCUAACAAACAUGUUUUUUGUCUUAUUUUUUAUGACUUUACAGUCAUUAACUCUGCUUGUUUUGGCCUAUGACAGGGUGGUAGCUAUAUGUUUUCCAUUGAGGUAUAAUGCUAUUGUGACUAAAGCAGCAAUGACAUUAAUUGUUGGUGUUGCAUGGAUUUUUUCCAUAGCCAUCAUUGCCAUCCUUGUAGCCAUGAUUACCAGAUUGUCUUUCUGUAGAUCCACUACAGUUGACAGCUACUUCUGUGAUCAUGGUCCUCUCUAUAUUUUAGCUUGUAAUGACAAGUCUAUAAGUUAUGUCAUGGCUGUCACCUGUUUUGUUGUACUGGCUUGUCUUCCAAUGAUAUUAAUAACAGUCUCAUAUAUCUGUAUUGGAAUUGCUUUGCUUAAAAUCUCACAUGGUGUUGAGCGAAUGAAAGCUAUGAAAACAUGCACUUCCCAUCUUAUAUUGGUUUCUCUAUUUUAUUUCCCAUUUUUUAGCAUUAACAUUUUAUCUCUCACAUCAUCUAUAAAAGCAAACGAUAGAAUGAUCAACUCUGCCCUGACUCAAACUAUUCCUCCUAUGUUAAACCCCAUUAUCUACACUCUCAAAACAGAAGAGGUCAUGCAGGCUAUUAAAAUACUCUACAAACAAGCGAAAGUGGUAAUUCUACGUGGAAUAGCCCUGCCCAGCAGUCACAUUAGCAUUUCCCCAUGGAUGAAGACUGAAGGUGAAAAAAGAGCAUUUUAGGCAGGUUAAGUAUCUGGCUGAAAAUAAACACUACAUUUGGUGCAAAAUUGUGAAAAGUGAAAUUUGGUACCUGAAAUGAAAUUUAUUAGCACAUUACUUUACAAGUUUACUUUAAACCCAGUGGAACAAGUAAUUAAUAUUUUAAAAGGUAAUACUUUACUGAUGGCUUUAACUAAUGAUUAUUAUGGUGUGCAGAAUUACCAUUCUGUAGUUUAUUUUCUUUAAAAUAUUUUUCAUGCAUAUUAAAAUGUCUUUAUGUGUGGAAAUGUCUUUAUGCACAUCAAAUUACAAACCUAUUGUAGUUGUUUCAUAUCUUCUGUGGAAAUACAAGAUUACCCAACAGAGGCUAAUCAGAGCUUUAAAAUGUUCAAGACUUGUCUGACCUUGGUGAUAAAAUUAUCCUUCAAACCAGUUAUGAUAUGCAAGUCCCUGUAAAGUUAAGAGAAUGGAUCAAUCUCCCGAAAUGUUGGUAUGGCCAUAACGUUUAAUAUAUGUGCAUUUGUAAGCUUAAAUUUUUGUUCUCACAUCAAAGACUUGAAAUUAACUUUUUAUUGUACCUUUAUUUCAGUUUGCUAUAAUUACAUUAAUGGUGCUCUGAAAUUUGUAAACUUGUUUACAGACCCUUUCACUUGUGGCCCAUAUAAGUGCCACAGGUGUAGGUGAUACAAAGCCCUUUUCUCUAAAGUAAAAUGAACAUUUCUUAUCAAACAUGAGACCUAUUACCUACACUGUAAAACCCGAUAAGUUGACUAAACUCAAAACUUUGGUUGUAACCGAUUACCUAAUAAAUUUUAAGUUCAUGUAAUAUAUUUUUUUAAAGUACAGUGAACUUAACAAAUAAAUAUACAUAUAUAUUUAAAAUUAAUAUUUUCCUGAACUUGUUUUUAGUCUUCUUUCUGGUUUCAUUCAACUAUUUUUUAAAAUACACAUAGAAAAGUAGAUGAAAGAAAACAGUAAAGAAAUCAAAGUACUGAGAGCACAGCGAGAACACAGAGUUACUGCAGCUCAGUAAAUGAUGCUUGUUCUACAACCUACAACACAGAGGCCAAGCAUUUAAUCAUAAUAUGUGAUCUACAAGUUUAUCUAAGGUAGCCCCGGGUGAAUCACUACACACUGAUGGUGAGUGUCAAAAACUCUUGGACACACCGAGUAUGCAAAUUGAUUGUGACAGAAGCCAAUGGAAAAGAAUCUGUUAAUGGCAACAGACUAAACUCAGUUAUUAUAAGUUGAUUCAACUCAAAGAUCUCAGUUUAAGUGUAUCUGUGCCCACAAAUGUUCAACUAACUCAAAAUAGUUGAGUAUUGUUUAGAAAUCUCAAAUUUUAUGCAAAACAGACUCAAUUUAUUUGAGUUUAAACAACUUCUGGGUUUACAGUGUAUGUAAUGCUUGAAUAGAAAUCCUCACGUUUAAGGUGUGUAAUAUCAGGCAGAAAUUUGUCAAAAUGCAUGCAUGUUAAGGGGUGCAUGUUAAUUUAACACUAAUAGUGUUAAUUUAAUACUGGCAGAUUUACUGUGCAGCAAUUGCCAUUUGAAUGAAGAAACUAAUCUUAAAGUCAUUUGUAGAUAUUUGUAUUUAUUUUUAUGCAUACUGCUAAUAAUACUCAUUGAAGAUACCAUGGAAAGGAAAUACAACAAUUAAAAUAGUCUAAAUUACUUAAAAAAAAGAUGAUGGAAUUUUCUGGCUUCAAUCAUAUGUGAAUCACUGUCUCUGCUUGCUUUGAGUGACUGAUUAGUUAUUUUUAAUUAGAUUAUUAUAUAGAUAGACAUAUCUGUGUAUAUAAGCAUAAAUGUAUGAACUUAAACAUUAAAACCACUGUGUCUAAUAUACUGAUGAUCAUCUGUGUGUCACUGAGAUCUAUUAAUGUGCCCUGUAGUAUCUGGCAUCAAUACAAGGUUCUUUAACCCCCGUCAGUUACAAGGUGGAUCAACUGCAUAUCUGUUGCAGAUGCAGGUCAUCCCACUAGUAAAUGGUGCACACAUACCCUGUCAUCCAAGUUAAUAUAAAGGAAAACAGAAACAAUUUCUAAAUAUUUUCCACAAUUUGCUUCUGAGAUAUUCUGCUUUUCUGUAAUGCUCUGUUUUACUCAGUGAGUUAUAUACAAAUUGCUUCUAUUGCACCUGUUUUAUUUAUGUUAGUACACCUCACUUUUCAGCAUUUGUUGCCCCGUCCAA